CGAAUCAUCGAACCCGGACAGGCUGCAGAGCCCCAAAAAGCCCCCACAACCGCAUCUGCUUUCGUUACGGGCGAGUCCUCCAAAUAGGCAACAUAACCUAGUGGAAUUACGCUUGAAAUUCAACAGCACUAUUUAGAAGUUUAAUUGCUGUCCGCUAUGUCGAACUGUGUGCGCUCGGGGGCCUCUGGAAUUCUUUCGUUUGUUUUUUGUCAACCCAAAUUUUCAGCGUGAACGCGCGCUCUUACUCUGGCCUUUAUGUUUGGCUAUUUGUUGCUACAUCGUUUUCAGAGAAGGGAGUAGGCUGCACAUUUUCUUCCUCUUGCUACUUUUAGAUGAAAAAAGAAAUUAAACACAACGAAGAAGUACAUUUUUUGGGCGAGACUUGGCUUGAAUCACGAUGCUGAGGGACGGAUGUGUGACUUCUGAUCUGGAAUUUCUCCCCAGCCCCCUCAGGGCUUAGCGAAACACAGAAUGCUCUCCGAUUAAGGGAGCGGUCGGACAAGUCGUUCAACUGAGACACGGAAACCGCCAAAGGAGAGAGCGGGGAGAAUACGAGUACGGAUAAUAUUUCAGAACAACUGCGACGAAGCUUGUGGGAUAAUGAGUAAAUCGCAACAACAACUGCGCACUGGAACUCGGAAUUGAUUGCCACGUGAAUUAUCUAGCCUACAUUAGGCUACGGGCUCCACAGGUCAGUGCAGCAUGCAGUAGCAGGCGCAUGCAGUGGGACCAGUGAGAGAGAGAGAGAGAGAGCGAGUGAGGGCAAGCGAGUGAAAGACUGCAGGCCGGAUGGCGCUCUUCAAGCUGCAGAAUGUGGAGGACUUCUAUGAGAUCGGACAGGUGCUGGGCAGUGGGCACUUUGGGCAGGUGCGGGAGGUGCUGGAGCGGGCCACGGGCGUGCGGUGGGCUGGCAAGUUCCUGAAGCUGCGAAAGAACGCCAGCAGCAGGCUGGGGAUCGAGAGGAAGAGCGUGGAGAGGGAGGUGGAGAUCCUGCAGGCCCUGCAGCACAGAAACAUCAUGGCCCUCAAGGACGUGUUCGAGAGCAGAGCGGAGGUGGUGCUCAUCGUGGAGCUUAUCAGUGGGGGGGAGCUGUUCGACUUCAUUGCGGAGAAGGAGGCUCUGACAGAGAACGAGGCGAUUGAGUUCAUCAAGCAGAUCCUGGAGGGGGUGGGAUUCAUGCACAGCAAGCGUAUCGCCCAUUUUGACCUCAAGCCGGAAAACAUGAUGUUGUUGGACAAGGAAGCAGAGCACCCACACAUCAAGAUCAUCGAUUUUGGACUGGCCCACUGCUUUACCCCUGGGGAGGUGUACCAGAGCCUGUGUGGCACCCCCCAAUACAUUGCUCCUGAAGUAAUAAACUACGAGCCCCUAGGUUUUUCAGCGGACAUGUGGAGCAUAGGUGUAAUCACCUACAUUCUGCUGAGUGGUAUGUCCCCCUUCCAAGGAGAUUCAGAUGAGGAGACGCUAAGAAACAUUGUGGAGAUGAAAUAUGAGUUUGAUGACCAGUAUUUUAGCCAGACCAGCGCCAUGGCCAAAGACUUCAUUCAGAAGCUGCUGGUGAAAGAUCCAGUUGAGAGAAUGACAUCAGAGGAAUGUCUGCUACAUCCCUGGAUCAAGCCACUCACACGAAAGCAGAAAGCCAACAGAAGUCGCUCGUCAAUCAACAUGAAGAACUUUAAGAAGUUCAAUGCCAAGAGGAAGUGGAAGAUGUCCUAUAACAUGGUGUCGGCCUGUAAUCGGUUCUGUCGGCUGAGGCUGCUGUGUAAGACCAGUGCUUCUCAGGACCAGGAGCUGAGACAGUGUGAGAGUGACCAGGAGGACACUGAAACCAAGCCCGCCUCCCUCAUCCGUCGCAGACUCAGUAGCAGCUCAUAAAGGUGUCCACAAGGGGGCGAUAAAUCUCCAAAUGGGCUUCCUCUCAACACAGCAAUGCAGGUCUCCCAUUGUACUGUCCAACAAUGGGUAAAGGACUGCCUGAAAGAUAAGGGGGGAAACAUUUAAUAUUUUCAAAAAUUUACCAUUAUGCUGUUUUUUUUCUUGUGUGAUAUUAAGGGUGAUAUUUAUGCAGAGUGGUCACUAACAUUACCUAGAUAGAGAACAGCUAGUCCCUGGUGCUGAGAAAUUAAUGUUGUAUAUAUGACCAUCCUCUAAUUCAGUGGAACAUUUCUUCAAUUGAAUUUUCAGUCAGAUCUGGUUCUGCUUUGGGAAAAAUAGCUUUUCUGCACACAAAGCAUCAUUAAAGGAUAUUAAAACAAUGACUUUAGAAUAUUGUGGCAGUUGUAACAGCUAAGUAAUAUGUUUAAACUGCAUAUCUGUAUUUAAAAAAACAACAUUAUCAAGCCAGCAUUUUGUAGACAAUUUUUAAUUUUGUGUUUCUUAUUACUGUCUAGAAUACCUACUGUAUCAGACUACAGUAAGAGUUGAUUUUAUUCUCUGAAAUUCAUGAACAUCCCAGAACAUCAUUGCACACUCACUGAAGUUUCCACAUUAUGGCCAGCAACCAUCUGAAGCAUGAGAAGGCAGUGCAGUUUUAUAAUCUCAGCUUCUCUGCUUUGGCAUGUCAUUUAAUGCAUACUUAACAAUGUUUACACUAGGAGUGUUCAUAUUUUUGUUUUAAAGUUACUUGAAGUGAAGUUACUUGAAACUUUCAUGUAGUAAAGUUGAUAGUGCUGGGGUUUAGGUCAUUGAAUGAACUUAAGCUCAAUCUCUUUCAAAAGGAGACUCAUUCAAUCAACAGAAAUGGAUAAAUGAAUGUACAGAGCUGCGCGCGUGUGUGCGUGCGUGCGUGUGUGCGUGUGUGCGUGUGUGUGUGUGUGUUGGGUUGGAGAGCAGUUCAGUGGAUCCAAGUAUAAGUCACAUCCCUUAUGGAAAUUUAAUAUACUGCAUAAUGAAAUUGUAUUAUCAAGAAAAGAAACAAUUCACAAUAGAUGGGCAACUGUAGAUAUGAUUGCCCCUUUCAGAUUCUGCAUUAUAUUUUAUAAAAGUAGAAUUCUGUGAAAUAUAUUUAUGAUUAUAUGAUUAUAUUAUGAUUAUAAGGCCACAUAUUUACAAUAUAUUGCAAUGUAUUCCGUUUCCAUGAAGGAUUACAUCAUUAUUUACGCCUGCUGGAUUACAUGCUAUAGCUUUUGGGUUUUGCAUACUAAGUUGUCUAUGCAGUUGAGCAAUGUGACACUUGCAGUAUUGAAGUACCUGGUUUAAGGACAUGCUGAUGCUCAACCAGGAAGCUGUACAGUCCUCUGGCUCUGUAUCUCUUCAGUACCACUGUAUGCCACAUUUGUCUCCCAUGCCUCCACUCGUGCCUACGUUUUUUAACCUUAGGCGGGCUCACGGGUACAGGCAGGGGCGUCGUAGUGGGGGGAAAAGUGGGACCGACUACCCAGGGCCCGAAUGGGGGGAGGGCCCUCGAAAAGCCUGGAAUGAUGCGUGAGAGACAUGGAUCAAGAGAGGAAGGGGGCCCACAGAGACUGCUUAUGUAUAGGGCCCAGAAUUUUGUGCUACACCCCUGGGUACAGGUCUUUUUUCCCUAUAAUUUAAUGUAUAAUAUCCCUCUAAAGUUCAGCUUGAACCAUGACAAAGCUGUAAGGACAUGGAGGUAAGUUCAGCUCAGUGAACUGAAGGAAUGGGAGAACUGCUAAGGUAGUAUAUGGUGAUAUUGAAGUGCAAUAAGCUGUUUUGUUUUUUUUUUUCAUUUUUGGUAACCAGUACAUUACAGGAUUUCAAAAUGUUGAAGACACAAGAGGUGCACAGCAUUUCCAAAUGUCCCCCUGUUUUUUAAAAAUGUAGUUUUUUAGUGUGUAUUUUUAACAUUAUUGUUUGAUGUGCCAUUUGUGUGCAUUACAAGUAGUUACAGCAAUUGCAAUUUUACAAAUGUGUGCAUUGUGUGAGGUCCAAUAAAUAAUUUCUUGUAAA